AACUCCUAACUGACGGUUUUUUUUACAUAUCCCGUGUACAAAGAACUUCAAUCGCAUCUAGCAUCCAAUAUGCGGAAUAAUCCGGUGUACCUUUGCACGUUUGACUAUAGGGGCACUUUCAGUUACAGCUAUAAGUUUAGUGGAGGUAACACAGAGGAUUGGGAUGCACCACAUGGUGACGAAAUGAUUUACCUUCUCCCUGGACCAAAGACAGAUUUCGGGCCACCAGGCCAUGAAUACAGCCAAACUGACUUGAGAAUGGUAGAUACAAUGGUAGAAUUAUGGACAUCGUUUGCUACCAAUGGAAUUCCUGCUAGUGCAACUCUGAAUGGCAGCGUAAUUUGGGAACCAUACUCAUCUCUUGAAAAUUAUCUUCAAAUUGUAAAUGGACCUGAUAUCAGACUUGAGGCUAAAAAAGGUUUUCAUACAAAGCGAAUGCAGUUUUGGGAAAGGUUCUAUUCUGCUACACUGUAAAUGUAGCUUUUACA